AUGACAGACACCGAUCUGGCGCAAUUUCGCGAAUCAACACGGGCAUGGCUUGCGGAUAAUUUUCCGGCAUCCCUGGCUAAUAAAAUGCUCGGCUACGAGCGUAUUUCCGAUCCGGAAAUGGCGCAGCAGUUAGAAGUCUGGCGACAGAAACUGGCUGAACAGGGUUGGGGCGCACCAACCUGGCCAAAAGAAUAUGGUGGUGCGGCAUUAAGCCAGCCUGAAGCCCGUGUCAUCGCUCAGGAAAUGGGCAAGAUUGGCGCAAUGAACCCGAUUCCAUUGCUGGCGGGUAUGGGCGUGACCAUGGUCGGCCCGACGGUGCUUGAAUACGGUACGGAUGAGCAGAAGCAGAAGCACCUGCCUGGUAUUGCCAGCGGCGAAGUGCGCUGGUGCCUUGGUCUUUCUGAACCAAAUGCAGGGUCGGAUCUGGCUUCGCUGGCUACCAAGGCGGUUGAUGAAGGGGACUAUUUUGUUUUGAACGGCCAGAAAAUCUGGACUUCCGGUGCGGAUAUUUCUCAGUGGUGUGGUGCCCUUGUGCGGACUGAUUCGAAUGCUAAAAAGCGUGACGGUAUCAGUUUUGUCAUGCUGCCUAUGGAUCAGGAGGGUGUGCAGACCAAGCCGAUCCGUCUGAUUGCAGGUGCCUCUCCUUUCUGCGAAACGUUUUUCACUGACGCCCGUGCGGAAAAAGCGGACCUUCUGGGUGACCUGAACGAUGGCUGGAGUGUGGUCAAACGUUUGCUGCAACAUGAGCGCCAAAGCCAGACCAGCGCUCGCGGCGCGCCCACCAAUAAAGCAGAUUCGUUGCAGGAAGUGGCUAAAAAGUAUGUCGGCACGGAUGGUGAAGGCCGCCUGGCAGAUGCUGAUCUGCGUACUCGCAUAGCCAAUCAUCUGAUGGACGCUCAGGCACAUGGUUUGACCGUUGCCCGCAUAACUGCCGAAGCUCGGGGUAACCCCAAGGUGAGUGCCGCGGCUUCUAUCCUGAAAAACUCAGCGACCAAGGUUGCGCAGACAAAAUCUGAGCUGACUAUGGAACUUAUGGGUAACCAGGGUAUUGGUUGGGAAGGGGAUCACUUUACCGCGGAUGAGUUAAACAACGUGCGCGAUUGGUUAUCCGGCAAAGCCAUAUCCAUCUACGGCGGCUCCUACGAAGUGCAGAACAAUAUCAUUUCCAAAAACAUUCUCGGUCUACCCGCGAAAUCCUGGGUGACAGAACAGUCUCCGGUCCUCAAAUUCAGACAGAUGCGCGACAGCGGUGUCGAACUGAAGUACACCCCGACAACCUGGAACGCGAUGGUUGAAAUGGGUUGGACCGGUAUUCUGGUGCCAGAAGAAUUUGGCGGGUCUGACCUUGGUUACCUGACUUUUGGCGUUGUUCUUGAAGAGCUGGGGCGACAACUGACCGCUUCGCCGCUCUUUGCCUCAGCCCUUGUUGGCACUUCAGCCAUUCUGCUGGCGGGCAACGACAAGCAGAAGCAGGCAUUGUUACCCAAGGUGGUUGAUGGCAGCGAGAUUUUAACCCUCGCAGUUGAUGAAACCGCCCGACAUGCGCCAGCUCAGAUAGCGCUGCAGGCUACCGCCUCUGAUGGCGGGUUCAAGCUGCAGGGAGAAAAAACUUUUGUCAUGGAAGGCAUGGCGGCAACCACUUUUAUUGUCGCGGCACGUACGUCAGGCACUGCCGGUAAUGAAGCGGGCAUAACCCUCUUCUGCGUCGCUGCGGAUGCUGCUGGUUUAACGCGUGCACCUAUCCAUACCGUCGACAGUCGUGGGCACGCUCAUCUAAAAUUUGACGAUGUGUUUGUCUCAGCGGACAGUGUGCUGGGGCAGGUAGAUGCAGGUUACGCAGAUCUGCAGGCAGUACUUGACCGGGCCAGCGCUGGUCUUGCCGCGGAAAUGUUAGGCACGGCAGCUCAAGCGUUUGAUAUGACGCUGGAAUACUUGAAAACACGUGAACAGUUCGGCCGCGUUAUCGGCUCGUUCCAGGCAUUGGGUCAUCGUGCUGCUGAGUUGUACACGGCUAUGGAACUGGCCCGUUCCUGUGCCGAGCAUGCACUCCAGGCCAUUGAUAGCCAUGCAGACAACCUUGCCGAGGUGUGUUCCCUGUCGAAAUGUCGAGUGGGUGAGUUUCUUCACGUCAUGUCUAACCAGCUGAUUCAGAUUCAUGGCGGUAUCGGCAUGACAGAUGAGUUCGACGCAGGUGGAACGCCUGUCGGCAUAGCUGUCCAGGAAUUGAUGAAAUAUGCCGGUGUUGAAACGGACCAUAUUGCAAUUCGAACGUCCUACUACCAGGGUAUUGAUAAAACUGACAAUCAGGUUCAGGUGCACAAUUUAGGUUAUCUGUUGGAGCAUCUGAACUACGACAAUUCUGUUCUGAUUGUAGAUGAUGUAUUUGAUCGCGGGCGCAGUAUUGAAGCAAUAAUCUCAGAACUGGAGCGUUUGACCCGACGCAACCUGCCAAAAGAUAUCCGCAUUGCUACGGUGUGGUUUAAGCCUGAGAAAAAUGUCACAGCUUUGAGUCCGGACUAUUAUGUUCAUGAAACCAACCGUUGGCUGGUUUUUCCGCACGAGUUGGAUGGGCUGACCGACGAGGAAGUGCGCGGAUGGCUGAUGGCCAGUGAAGUUACCCUGCUUCUCGAACGAUACAAGCAGGGUGAUACGGGUGCAUUUAAUGCGCUUGCGGAGCUGAUUUACCCACAGCUGAAAUCGAUGGCCCAGCGUCGGACGCGCGGUGAAGGUGGCCUCGGCGCAACAAUGCUGGUCAAUGAAACCUUCCUCAAGCUGCUCUCCGGCGGCGAACUGAAAUUCGAAGAUCGACAGCAGUUUUUUGCGCUUGCCGCAUCCAUCAUGCGCCAGGUCAUUGUUGAUGAAGUACGUUAUGUCACCGCACAAAAACGCAGUGGCAGUGAACACACCUUCACGGAUGCAAAAAUUGCUGAUCCUGCUCAUGAGGAGGCUGAGUUUCUGCUGCAGGUAGAUCAGCUUCUGGAACAUCUGGAACGUGACGAUGAGCAAUUGGCACGUGUCUUCGAAUGUCGUUAUUUUGCGGGUUUCACCACUGCGGAAACCUCGGAAGCACUGGGUAUUUCCACUCGCUCAGUAGAGCGCAUGUGGGCAUCCGCUCGAGAACGCAUUGCUGCACUCAUGCAGGACAGCACCCGGUAA